UCUCUCUCACACACACACACACACACACACACACACACACACACAGAGCAAGAGGAAAAAAGAGGCAGCAGAAAUCUCAGCUGUACUUCUAGCCCUUUUAAAAAGUUUGCUCUGUAAAUUGGAAUGAGGUCAGAUUUGGAGCUUCUCAUUGCACGCGGAGAUUAUUAUUGCAUCGGGUUCCAAGCCAAUGGGAAGCCCGGGGGAGGGGCUUGGCACGAGGAAGCGUUGGUUACAGCGGCUGAUUGGCUGAGGCCAGGACUGUGAAAGGAUAAAGAGGCGCGAGGCGGAAUUGGGGUCUGCUCUAAGCUGCAGCAAGAGAAACUGUGUGUGAGGGCAAGAGGCCUGCUUCGCUCCCAGGUCUCUAGUUCUUGCACGCUCGUUAAGAGUCUGCACUAGAGGAACUCUGCCAUUACCAGCUCCCUUCUUGCAGAAGGGAGGGGGAAACAUACAUUUAUUCAUGCCAGUCUGUUGCAUGAAGGCUUUUUGGCUUCCUACCUUGCAACAAAAUAAUUGCACAAACUCCUUAGUGCCGAUUCCGCCCACAGAGAGUCCUGGAGCCAGAGUCUUUUUUGCUUUGCAUUGUAGGGAAGGGACUAAGUGCUAGAGACAAUGUCGCUUUCCUGAGCUCCGGGGAGCGCUCGUGAACUGGAAUCAACUGCUUCGGGGGAAGGAAAGAAAAAAGAGAGAGAGAGAAAGAAAGAAAGCGGAAAAAAAAAAAAGGACUUGCCUGGGAGAGGCGGCGGCGGCUAGCAACUUGCAGUGGAAGCUUCAGCAAGCAGCAUUCGAGAAGAAACUCCUCUCCACUUGAGCAAGGUCUCCAGACUCCGCGGCGAGAGGCAGAAGAGCCAACUGCAGCAGCAGCGCGGUGAGAGCUAGCGAGAGGGAGAGAGAGGGAGAGAGAGAGAGAGAGGGAGAGAGGAGAGAGGGGAGGAGAGCGAGCCAGCCAGAGAGACGCUCCAGCCUGGGAACUACAACUCCUCUGCAAGAGACGGAGUGCGCCCGCCCCGCCGCUCCUGGAGACUUCGCCCCGCUCGCCCGCCUCCGCCCCGGCCGGGAGCCGCGGGGCCCCGCGCGGCCGCCGCCGCCGCGCGCGUCCUCCCGCUCGGCGGCCGCUUGGCCCGGGGAGCCGGGGGGGACCCGGCGAUCGCGCGUCCAGGAGGGGCCGAGCGCGCGCGCGCGGGGGGCGCCCGCCGAGCCGGGGCCAUGGUGCAGCAAACCAACAACGCCGAGAACACCGAGGCGCUGCUGGCCGGCGAGAGCUCGGACUCGGGCGCCGGCCUGGAGCUGGGCAUCGCCUCGUCGCCGACGCCCGGCUCCACGGCGUCCACGGGCGGCAAGGCCGACGACCCGAGCUGGUGCAAGACGCCGAGCGGCCACAUCAAGCGGCCCAUGAACGCCUUCAUGGUGUGGUCGCAGAUCGAGCGGCGCAAGAUCAUGGAGCAGUCGCCCGACAUGCACAACGCCGAGAUCUCCAAGCGGCUGGGCAAGCGCUGGAAGCUGCUCAAGGACAGCGACAAGAUCCCCUUCAUCCGGGAGGCGGAGCGGCUGCGCCUCAAGCACAUGGCCGACUACCCCGACUACAAGUACCGGCCCAGGAAGAAGGUGAAGUCGGGCAACGCCGGCGCGGCGCACGCCGCCAGCGCCGCCAGCGCCGCCAAGCCCGGCGACAAGGGAGACAAGGUCGGUGGCAGCGGCGGGGGCGGCGGCGGCGGCGGCGGCCACGCAGGGGGAGGCGGCGGGGGCAGCGGCGGGGGCAGCGGCGGGGGCAGCAGCAGCAGCGGCGGCGGCAGCGGCGGCGGCGCCUCCAAACCGGCGCAGAAGAAAAGCUGCGGCUCCAAAGCGGCGGGCGGCGGCGGCCUGGGCAAGCCCUACGCCAAGCUCAUCCUGGCGGGCGGCAAGGCGGCGGCGGCCGCCUUCGCCGCCGAGCAGGCCACGCUGCUGCCGCUGGGCGCCGCGGCCGCCGACCACCACUCGCUGUACAAGGCGCGGACUCCCGGCGGCGCCGCCACCGCCGCCCCGGCCGCGCUGGCCACGCCGCCGCCGCCGCCGCCGCAGCCCGCGCCCAAGCACCUGGCGGACGGCGGCGCCAAGAAGGUGAAGCGCGUGUACCUGUUCGGCGGGCUGGGCGCGGCGGCGUCCCCCGUGGGCGCGGACCCCAGCGACCCCCUGGGCCUGUACGACGACGCGGCGGCCGGCUGCUCGCCCGACGGCCCGUGCCUGAGCGGCCGCAGCAGCGCCGCGUCCUCGCCCGCCGCCGGCCGCUCGCCCGCCGACCACCGCGGCUACGCCAGCAGCCUGCGCGCCGCCUCGCCCGCCCCGUCCAGCGCGCCCUCGCACGCGUCCUCGUCCCACUCGUCCGCCUCGUCCUCGUCCUCGUCGUCGUCCUCCUCCUCCUCUUCGUCCUCGUCCUCCUCGUCCUCCUCCUCCUCCUCGUCCUCCUCCUCCUCGUCCGCCUCGUCGUCGUCGGGCUCCUCGUCCUCGUCCGACGACGAGUUCGAAGACGACCUGCUCGACCUGCACCCCAGCUCAAACUUUGAGAGCAUGUCCCUGGGCAGCUUCAGCUCGUCGUCGGCGCUCGACCGGGACCUGGAUUUUAACUUCGAGCCGGGCUCGGGCUCGCACUUCGAGUUCCCGGACUACUGCACCCCCGAGGUGAGCGAGAUGAUCUCGGGCGACUGGCUCGAGUCCAGCAUCUCCAACCUGGUCUUCACCUACUGAUGGCAGCGCGCGCGCGCGCCAGCGCGCGCAGGGGGGCUGGGAGCCGACCGGUGUCCCCCCCCUCACACACACAACACACACACACACACACACACGCACACACCCACACACACACGCGCGCGCACACACACACACACACACACACACACCGGGGCGCGGGAGGUGGGGGAGAGGUGGGGGGCCACCUCUCCUCCGACAGACAAAGAAACGAAACGAAACGAAACAAAAAAAAGGCUAAGAAGAAAGGAAGAGGAAAAAAGAAAAAGCGAGCAGAAGACUGGAGAGAGAAGAGGGAGCAAGAAAAAGAAGGAAAAAAGGGGGGAAAUGGAAAAGGAAGAGGAAAGAAAAAAAGGGACCAGGACCGGCUGCGGCUGCGUCCCGGGCUGUUUGGAGAAGCGGGAGCGUGGUGUUUUUUUUUUUCUUUUUUGGGGGGGUGCCCAGUGCGCUCCCAUCCCCCACCUCUCCGAGUGGCGGGCCAGCGGGACGCGGAGGGUAGACAGGGGCGAUGUUUUAUUGUUGUUGAUGUUGUUGACGGCAAAGAAGCUACUUGGAGUUUCCUUCUCCCCCACCCCUUUGCUUGAAGAGACCCCCCCAACUCCCCUUCUUCCACCGAGCUUCCGGACUUGUCUGCACCCCCACUUUGUCCUCCCUCCACCUCGGGCAAGAAGUUGGUAGUUGGUUCUGGAAACUGAAGGAAUUCUCGUCUCCCUCUCAUCCUCUUGGUGUGUUUUAUUGUUUUUUUUCCACCCCUGUGCCCCCCCCCUCUUUUUUUUCUAUAUUUUUUGUUUCUUGGCCAAGAGGAGGAAAAGGGAAAAAAAAAAAAGAAAGAAAGAAAUCCACCGCGGCCCUGGGGAAGGGGGGGAGGGGGUUGUGCCUUUGCACCCCCGCCCGUUUCACGCACACACCCCCUUGCCCAUCCCGGGUUGCAGAACACGGCGAGCUGCCGGGGAGGCGAAGUUGACCGACGGCAGAGGUUUUUUGGGGGGGAGGGGGGUCGCGCGCACGUCGCGCGCUGGGACUCAAAAGACUCCACGCUGGCGAAUGCACCCCCCUCCUUUCUUUUUAUUUUUUUUUUCUUUGCAUUUCCCGCCCCCCCCCUCCGCCCCUCUCCUUUUCUUGUCCUUGCAGCCGGAUGGGGAGAUGUUGAGUGACCGGCGCGCUCGGGAAGAGAACCGAGUUGGAAGCCUCGGCGGCGGGGCCGGGGGUGGCGAGGGCCGCGGACCGGCCGGGGCCGGGGAUCGGACUGAAUUGGAUUUGCACGUCCCGGGGAUGCGGUGGCGGCGACGUGCGACUCCCCGGGGCCCGCGGGCGUGCAGCGCAGCGGACGGGACUCGAGGAUGCGGUCCCGGGGCAGUGGAGGGCCAGUUGGUGUCUAAGUGGGGGGUGGGGCGGGGCGGUGGGGGUGGGGAAGAAAAAAAAGGAAAAAAAAAGGUUUUUUUUUUUUCUUCUCUUAAUCGGAAUCGUGAUGGUGUUGGAUUAUUUCACUGGUGGGGUUAAUAUAGCAUGUUAUCCUGUCUAUCUUUUAAAAGAUUUCUGUAUUAAGACUGUUGAGCAGUUUUUAAAAUAGUGUAGGAUAAUAUAAGAAGCAGAUAGAUGGCGCUAUGUUUGAUUCCUACAACGAAAUUAUCACCAGCUUUUUUUCAUUCUUAACUCUUUAAAGGAUUCAAACGCAACUCAAAUCUGUGCUGGACUUUAAAAAAACAAUUCAGGACCAAAUUUUUGCUCAGUGUGUAUGUGUGUAUUCCUUCUAGGUGUAAAUGAGAAGACUUUUUUUUUUUCCCCUCACCGAUGCUCCAUCCUCGUAUUUUUUUUUCCUUGUAAAUGUAAUCAGAUGCCAUUUUAUAUGUGGAAGUAUUUAUACUGGCCAAACAUUAUUUUCUUAUUUUGUCCCUUUUUUUUCCUUUUUAAAAAUCUUUUUUUUAACUUCCUUUAUUCCUUUUUCUUUUCUUCUUUUUCUUUUAUUUUUUUUUAUAUAUAUUGUUGUUACCCACGCCAUUUUACGUCUCCUUCACUGAAGGGCUAGAGUUUUAACUUUUAAUUUUUUAUAUUUAAAUGUAGACUUUUGACACUUUUAAAAAAACAAAAAAGACAAGAGAGAUGAAACGUUUGAUUAUUUUCUCAGUGUAUUUUUGUAAAAAAUAUAUAAAGGGGGUGUUAAUCGGUGUAAAUCGCUGUUUGGAUUUCCUGAUUUUAUAAUAGGGCGGCUGGUUAAUAUCUCACACAGUUUAAAAAAAUCAGCCCCUGGUUUCUCCAUGUUUACACUUCAAUCUGCAGGCUUCUUAAAGUGACAGUAUCCCUUAACCUGCCACCAGUGUCCACCCUUCAACCCCAGUCUGAGACAGAGAGGGGGAGAUUCAGCCACACACCCUUUGCUUUUAAGAACACAUCUUUUUUUUUAAGAAAACAAAAUACUGUUCUGUCCAGAGGCUUUAAAGACUGGUGCAUUUACAUCAAAAAAAUAAAAGGGAUCCUGUAGCUUUAACUUGUAAACCACAUCUUUUUUGCACUUUUUUUAUACGCAAAAACGUGCCGUUUAAACCACUGGAUCUAUCUAAAUGCCGAUUUGAGUUCGCGACACUAUGUACUGCGUUUUUCAUUCUUGUAUUUGACUAUUUAAUCCUUUCUACUUGUCGCUAAAUAUAAUUGUUUUAGUCUUAUGGCAUGAUGAUAGCAUAUGUGUUCAGGUUUAUAGCUGUUGUGUUUAAAGAUUGAAAAAAGUGGAAAACAUCUUUGUACAUUUAAGUCUGUAUUAUAAUAAGCAAAAAGAUUGUGUGUAUGUAUGUUUAAUAUAACAUGACAGGCACUCGGACGUCUGCCUUGAUAAGGCAGUUCCGUUAAGGGUUUUUGUUUUUAAACUUUUUUCUUUUUUUUUCUUUUUUUUUCCUUUUUUUUUGCCAUCCAUCCUGUGCAAUAUGCCGUGUAGAAGAAUAUUUGUCUUAAAAUUCAAGGCCACAAAAAAAAAAAAAGUUUGGGGGAAAAAAAAAUAAGAAAAUCAUGCCAGCUAAUCAUGUCAAUCCACUGCCUGUCAGAUUGUUGAUAUAUACCUUCUGUAAAUAACAUUUUUUUGAGAAGGAAAUAAAAUCAGCUGGAACUGAAC